GCGCGCGGUCCCCGGCCCGCCCUCGCCAUGGGCUCCCCGGCCCAGCUCCGGCUCCGCCGCCCCUUCCCGCCGCGGCUCCACCCGCUGCAGCUGCUCCUUUCCCCGGCCGCCGUCGCCACCCUCAGUCCCGGCACCCGGCCUCGGCCUGAGAGCGGCGCCGCCUGCGUGUUGUCCCUGCGGCCCGGGCCCGGGCCUGGGACCGCGCUCUUCGCCGCCGCCCUCAUCGAGGCCGGGCCCCCGGGGGAGGCGGCCGGGCCCCAGGGGGAGGGGGUCCCCGGGCCCCAGGGUGAGGGGGUCUCAGGACCUGGAGCAGGAGGGGAGGGGGUCCCCGGGCCUGGAGCAGGAGGGGAGGGGGUCCCCGGGCCCCAGGGUGAGGGGGUUUCAGGAGGGGAGGGGGUCCGCAGGCCCCAGGGUGAGGGGUUCUCAGGACCUGGAGCAGGAGGGGAGGGGGUCCCCGGGCCUGGAGCAGGAGGGGAGGGGGUCCCCGGGCCCCAGGGUGAGGGGGUUUCAGGAGGGGAGGGGGUCCGCAGGCCCCAGGGUGAGGGGGUCUCAGGACCUGGAGCAGGAGGGGAGGGGGUCCCCGGGCCUGGAGCAGGAGGGGAGGGGGUCCCCGGGCCCCAGGGUGAGGGGGUUUCAGGAGGGGAGGGGGUCCGCAGGCCCCGGGGUGAGGGGCUGAGUCCCAGAGUUGGGCCAGUCCAGAUUUACAUCAGCAGGCUCUUUGCUGCGCACUACGGGCUCUGGGUGGGUGAGGACGAGGCUUCCGAGCCGGGUGUGGAGGGCAGGCUGGUGUCCCCGCGGCCCGGCGCCCCGGCCCUUUUCCGAGCCUCCCUGGUGCAGUCAGUGCCCAGCCUGAGCCGCGUGGUGCUGGGUGCCCGCACGAGGGCCAGCCUGCGCUGGGCCAGCUCCCCGGCCUUCGCCAACGGGCUGCUGGUCCUGGCCUGCCAGCGGCAGCCAGUUCUCCUGCGGCAGGGCGACACCCCCAUCGUGCCUUACCACCCCUUGCUGGGCGAGGACAGCGAGUUGGUGCUGGCUCGCCUCCUGGAGCUGGUGGUCCUGGAGUGCCAGCCUGUGCUGCAAGGCCUCCUGCAGGUCACCACCUGCCUGGUGCUCACCGACUUCAGGGAGCCUGGCGAGUUGCCCCCCACACCGCCGCUCCAUCUGCUGCAGCCCCUCUGCCUCUCCGACUUUGCCCACUACGCCCGCGGCCUCUGGGCCUCGGGGCUUGGCCUGGAGCCUGACAGGCCCACUGAUCUCCUGUCCUUCCUGCGGGCCUUGGAGUGCAGGCUGGAGGUGAUGGUGGCUGACCUUCCGGGCUUGGCCUUGAGUGGUGAGCUGAGGCUGGGUGAUAGGCCCCCAGACCUGGACAGCUGCCUGCUGCUUAGCAGGCGGACCCUGUACCGCCUGGGCCUCUUCCACUGCCAGUGGGUGCUGGUAUCGGUACCGGAGCCGGCUGCAGAGGCGGAGCGGCCCAGGGCUGAGCUGGAGUCUCCUGAGCCACAGGCAGCAGCAGCCCAGGGGGGUGCUGGGUCCACGGGGCGGAGUGGUGCCCGGCGGCCAACGACCGAGCUCCUGGCCUGUGUGCUGGUGCUGGAGGGGGGUGAGGGGGCCAGCCUGCAGCUGGGGCAGGACAUGGCAGCAAUCUCCUACACCAUGUGGUUCAACGUCUCUAAGGGGGCCCCGGUGCCCACCUCCCACAGGGCACUGAGAGUCAAGCGCUUUUACCAGGAGUCAGGAGUGCGGAAGGGGCUGGGGGAGAGUCGUUCUGAACUGUGUGAACCCCCCGCGGCAAAGGAGCUACACGUGGAGGUGGUCCAGUCCCCCACCUAUAACCCACGGGCUGGCUACGAUGGACUGAUCUUCCAGCACUUCACGACCUCCAGGCUGGUCCACAUGGGAGCUGUGCUGUGUGUGCAGACCAGGGGUAAACCAGAGUUCAUCGAGAGCUGCCCCGAGAGGCGUGUGGGGUGGCCCGUGAUCUACCUGAGGGUGAGGUCAGUGAGCGGAGGGGCAGGAUGCGAGGCAGCGCCCGGUUACUUGGCCGACACACAGCACACGUCCGUUUACCUGGAUGGCUGUGGCAGCGGCUACGUCCCCUGUGCUGUGACAAGCGGCAGUCACCCGUUCUGGGGCAGUGUCUCCCCUCCUGGGCUCUCCAGCACCGUCGAUGCUCUGUGCAACAUCAUCGAGCCCUACCUGCGCAGUGGACCCCCCGUCCUCGAUGGGCCAUGCAGUGUGUUGCUGUGGGGACUGAAUGGUUGUGGGAAGAGCACGGUGGUGCGGGCUGUGUGCAGCAGGAUGCACCUACACCUGGUGAAGGUGGACUGUGUGUGUCUCUGUGCUGACUCUGUCGGAGCCACUGAAGCGAAGCUGGAAGCUGCCUUCUCGCGUGCUGAGGAUCAUCGGCCCUGCCUUCUACUGCUGCGCGAUGUUACCAUGGUGGGGAGGGACCGUGACGGAGGGGGGCAGGAAUCGCGUCUGAUUUCUGCCCUGCAGCGGUUCAUGAAGGCCAUGCAAGCCAUCCCCACCGAUUACCCGGUGGUUGUGGUUGGGACAGCGGUACGAGCGAGGGAUGUGUCCACCGACCUUCAAGCGGCUUUUCUCCACGAGCUGGCGGUGGGUGCCCUGUCGGAAGAGCAGCGGAAGCAAGUGGUGAGAGCACUCAGCGGCAAUCUGCCCCUGGGCAAGGACGUAAACCUGGCCAAGAUCGCCAAGCUGACCGCAGGGUAUGUCGUCGGUGACCUGUGCACCCUGCUGAACUGUGCUGGACGUGCUGCCUGCAGACGUCUGCGUCAGUGCUGUUUUCCAGGAGUUAUUCCCAGUGAGCAGGAGGAGCUGGAGCUGUGUGCUGCCGGGGUGACCGUCCUGCAGGAAGACGUGCACAGAGCAUUGGAGGAGCUGCAGACAGCGCACUCACAGGCUAUCGGAGCUCCCAAGAUUCCAGUAGUGAGGUGGCAGGACGUGGGGGGUCUGGAGGCCGUGAAACGAGAGAUCCUGGACACAGUGCAGCUUCCCGUCGAGCACCCGGAGCUGCUGAGCCGAGGUCUGCGCCGCACCGGACUCUUACUGUUCGGACCUCCCGGCACUGGCAAGACCCUGCUGGCCAAGGCUGUUGCCACCGAGUGUGCCAGGACCUUCCUCAGUGUGAAGGGGCCGGAGCUGAUCAACAUGUACGUGGGGCAGAGUGAGGAGAACGUGCGAGAGGUGUUCACCCGGGCGCGGAUGGCCUCCCCCUGCAUCGUGUUCUUCGAUGAACUGGACUCCCUGGCCCCCAGUCGAGGUCGGAGUGGAGACUCGGGGGGAGUCACGGACAGGGUGGUAUCACAGCUCCUGGCUGAACUGGACGGUCUCCACUCUUCAUCUGACGUGUUUGUGAUCGGAGCCACCAACAGGCCGGACCUCCUGGACCAAGCCCUCCUCCGGCCCGGCCGGUUGGACAAGCUGCUGUAUGUGGGGCUGAACGAAGACCGGGAGUCACAGCUCCGCGUGCUCCAGGCCAUCACACGCAAGUUCACGUUGGACGCUGGGGUCAGCCUGCCUCGGGUGGUAGAGCGAUGCCCACCCCAGCUGAGCGGAGCCGACCUGCACGCUCUCUGCAGUGAGGCUAUGAUGUCUGCCGUCAAACGCAAGAUCACCCGCAUCGACCAAGGCCUGGACACGGAGGACUCUGAGCUGGCCCUGAUGCCCGAGGACUUUGAUCGAGCCCUCAGCACCCUCCAACCUUCUGUCUCACAGCAGGACCUGCACCACUACAGGCUGAUCCAGCAGAGACUCUCAGCCCGGUGACCAGCUGUGCUCACAUCUGGCGGGGCAGUGGCAGCGUGAGGACAGAGAGAGGCAACGGAGGGGUGCAGCACCUCUGGGUUAACGGGUUUCCGAUAAAACACCUGCCUGCGUGGUGACUGGGGUGUACGGUUGGAUGGGAACGGGACCCUUUCCCCCGUGGUCAGGCUCUGGAUGUGGGGGCCACUGGCAGAGCCAGUAUUUAUUGUCCGUCCCUGGUUACCCCCAGAGCGUGGGGGUUAGCCGCUGCAGUCCUUCUGGGGAAGGUGCUCUCACGGUGCUGGUGAGGAGGGAGCUCCUGGCUGUAGAGCCGGCGAUGAUGAAGGAACAGUGAGACAUUACUAUGUGUAAAUAAAUUUGUUUGUCACUUU